GGAAGUUCUAGAAUCCACCCCUCUCUCCUGUAUAUAGGUUGGUUUCAGUGGGGCAUAGGAGAGACUCAGGGCCAGGAGAGGAGUGAUCACAGUACCAGAUCAGAGGGAAUCCUGACAUCACGGACCAGGCACUUAUUAAACCUAAGGAGAGCUAAUGCCUGACUUGUCAAUGAUUUUGGUCAGCUGCAUAGAGGAAUCCAGAAAGAUAAGAGAAAUCCUGCACUUCAAGCAAAAUUGUCGCUGCUCACAAACAAAAAUCAUUUGAAAAUGCAGACAGACGCUUACCUAAUCCAUGUGAAUGGAUCUGUAACUCAUCCCAAGGUCCUCGAUGUUCAUGUAAAUAUUAAGGGACCCAAUGCUGUGGAGAAAAUAAAAAGCCUAAAACCAAGAUGGGCAGUGCGUGCAUCUGAGAUGUCAAAGAAAACCUUUAAUCCUAUCCGAGCCAUUGUGGAUAACAUGACAGCCAUACCCAAUCCUGAAAAACCAAUGAUUGCUUUGUCUAUAGGAGACCCCACAGUUUUUGGAAACCUUCCUACCGAUAAUGAAGUAAUGAAGGCCAUGAAAGAAGCUAUUGACUCAAAGAAAUACAACGGAUAUGCUCCAAGUAUAGGAUAUUUGUCAAGCCGAGAAGUGGUUGCAAAAUAUUACACAUGCCCAGAAGCAACUUUGGAAGCCAAGGAUGUCAUUCUUACCAGUGGAUGCAGUCAAGCUAUUGAGCUUGCUUUAGCAGUGCUUGCCAAUCCGGGCCAGAACAUACUGGUUCCACGUCCAGGAUUUUCUCUUUACAAAACCUUGGCUCUUUCUUUGGGAAUAGAAGUCAAGCUAUACAAUUUGCUACCUGAGAAAUCUUGGGAGAUUGAUCUGACACAUAUGGAGUCAUUGGUGGAUGAUAAAACAGCGUGCAUUAUUAUCAAUAACCCUUCAAACCCCUGCGGCUCAGUUUUCAGCAGAAAGCACCUGCAAAAAAUCCUGUCAGUGGCUUCCAGGCAGUGCGUGCCUAUUCUGGCAGAUGAGAUCUAUGGUGAUAUGGUGUUUGAGGAAGGGGCAUUUCAGGCUUUAGCGCCCCUAAGCAGCAAUGUUCCAAUCCUCUCAUGCGGUGGGCUUGCCAAGCGGUGGCUUGUGCCUGGCUGGAGGCUGGGAUGGAUUCUAAUCCAUGACCGGAAAGAGAUUUUUGGAAAAGAGAUAAGGGAAGGCCUUGUACGGCUAAGCCAGCGCAUCCUUGGCCCGUGCAGUAUUGUUCAAGGAGCCUUAGAGCACAUUAUGAACAAAACACCACAAGAGUUCUAUGACAACACCAUCAGUUUUACUAAGUCUAAUGCUGACCUGUGCUACACUACCCUCAGCUCUGUCCCUGGACUCUGCCCAGUGCGACCAGCAGGAGCUAUGUACUUAAUGGUUGGAAUUGAGAUGGAGCAUUUCCCAGAAUUUGAAAGUGAUGUGGAUUUUACAGAAAGAAUGAUCUCAGAACAAUCGGUUUUCUGCCUUCCAGCCACUUGUUUUGAAUAUCCCAACUACUUCCGCAUUGUCCUGACAGUUCCAGAAGAAAUGAUGAUUGAGGCUUGCAGGCGUAUCCGGGAAUACUGUGAAUCUCAUUAUCAGGGCGCUGAGAGUACUCAAGAUCUAGAGUGUGAUAAAUGACCGGUUUGCAUGAAUCACUCAAGAUAACUUUAUUUUCAGUGACUCCACAACCACAUCCCUUUAAAUCAAAGUCAUAUUUAAAACAGUUUUUGACAACAGCAUUAAAUUUGCUUUAGAAAAAUGGACACUUCGGCCUCAAACUACAGUCUUUGAUUCUGGUAGUACCUGCUGACAGCAACUGUUUAAUUUCUCUGCAUGAAAUGAAAUGGACACCAAUAUCUAUAAAUUGUACACCAAAAUAUGAAUAUAAUGGUGCAUGCUGGGUUCCAAUAGAAGAACACAAGUCACAUAGGGUAGUGCACUUACAGGUGCAUUGGAUCUCUGGUGGCUACAGCUACCUCUAGUGGCAGAACUGUAGUAACUGCAAUGAACUUUAAAAUGAUGGCAACAGCUGAGAGUUCCAAACUGUAAAAAUAUAAAGGAACAAUCACGGUUCUGUAAGGUAUGCCACUGUCUAGCACUUAUAGCUUGACUUCUCUCUUCUGCUUCACAUUGUACCCUAUAAUGUGACUGUUUUUAGACCAUGCAAAGCUUUGAAGGAAGAAAAUGAUGCCUUGUGUGCUUGAGCUACAGCCAAGUAUGAGAUCAGUUAAAAAAUGACUCCAUUGAAACAAGAGGAAAUAUGUUAUGUCACAUUCCAUUUUAGCAAAAUGUAUAUUUGUGUUAAUACUCCAUAAUAUCAGUGUGUUAUAUCAUUAAUAGCCUUAGCUGUCUUUGUAUAUUUUGGUAUUAUGGUAUCAAUUACUAAACUUGUAUACUGAUGUAUAUGUAUUAAACAUGUUUUUAUAUUUCUUUAUAAUCUAUACCCUAGUUUGAGGUAUCCAGCCUGCUACUUUCUCAGGAUUCAAUUCCUGGAUCUGUUUUCUUGCUUCCAAUUCUAGUUAAGCAGUAGUGACCUUGCACUUACCUACGUACAUUUAUUUCUAUGUACUUUGUAUGUCACACAUUUAAUAUCAUAUAUGUUACCUGCAUGUGAAUGUCUUACUCUAUUAUCUACUGUAAAGUGAAUAAGUUAUUGUGUUUUUUAUGAAUAAAGUUUAUAACUUUUA